CAGUCUAUUACAGUGUAAUGAGUAGUGUUUGCAUGAAAUACAUAACAAACACCUAUUAAUCACAUAUUUAUGCCAUAAUUAUAACAUUUGAUUCAAAACUCAUGAUUACUUUUGGUAUUUAAAGCAAUUUGUUAUACAUUUCAGUGAUUUAGUGUUGAAUCAGACCAUAAGAGUGUUACGUUGAGUGCAAACAAUUGGUGGCAGUAAUGAAGUAAUGAAGUGAUUGUCAAUGAAUUGAUAACAUAAGUGAUUGAUCUGAUGGACCAAUUGGUGACAAUUGUGUGGAUACUCGUGACUGAAUGAGACAUUGGUUUGCAUUUGAAUGGAUUGAAGAUAUAGUGAUUUCGUGAAACAUAUGACACUUUGUAUGUGAGAUAAGGAGUGAAUGUAUGCAUUGAUAUGACACUCAUUUCCAAUGCAUUGUAUUUGACAAUCAAUUGACGAAAGCGACAAAAUCGAUAGGAAUUCCUGUACUACUGGUGCUGAACGUCAUGCCAAUAGGCUUUGAGACCAUAUACUGAAUACUCAUUGAACAGUGCGAUCGGAUCCUCGGUGAUAGUGGGGUUGAGAGGAUGUCGUUCUCAAAUCAGUCGAGUUUUAAGCCGAUGAAGACGAAGACGAAGCGGUUUAAGCCGAAGCACCAGAAGGCGAAGCUGUUCCGGGCGUCGGAGCCGUUGCUGUCGGUGUUCAUGUGGGGCGUGAACCACACGAUCCAUGAGCUGACACACGUGAACACACCGGUGGUGCUGAUGCCGGACGACUUCAAGGCGCAUACGAAAGUGAAAGUAGACAACCAUUUGUUCAAUAAGGAGAACAUGGCCUCACAUUUCAAAGUCAAGGAGUACUGUCCCCUCGUCUUUCAGAACCUCAGGGACCGCUUCCAGAUCGAUGACAUCGAUUACGUCAAUUCACUCACCAAAUACCAGCCCAUCGUUCGCAACGGCGGCGGACGCUCUGGCGCUAAGUUUUACGAGUCAUACGACCACCUCUUCGUCCUCAAGACGCUGACCAGCGAUGAGGUCGAGUCAAUGCAUCACUUGCUUAAGGAGUAUCACCCAUACAUUGUCGAGAGACACGGCAAGACAUUACUUCCACAAUACCUGGGAAUGUAUCGGUUGACAGUCGAGGGCACAGAAACCUAUAUCUGUGUCAUGAGAAACAUCUGUUCCUCUGGUCUCAACAUUCACCGCAAGUAUGAUCUCAAGGGCUCGACUGUCGAUCGCGAGGCCUCUGAAAAGGAGAGGGGAAGGGAUAACCCGGUGUUCAAAGACAAUGACUUCACCCGCGAUGGCGUUCGCAUAUUCAUGAACGAUGAGCGCAAACAGAAGUUCUUGGAGAUGCUGGAGGCGGACACUGCCUUCCUGGUCAAGAAGAAUAUCAUGGAUUACUCCCUCUGUGUGGCCAUUCAUGACGCAGAACGAGCCGAACAGGAGCUCAUGGAGUGCGGACCCAACGAUAAACACCAGUCCGCCGAAGAAGACGAGGGUGAGUCCAGUGGUGGCGACCGCACCGACUCUCAGGAACCACACGCAGCCGUACCCACCCCUCCAGAUUCGCCUGAGACUCACCACAAGGCAUCCGAUGCCAGUGAGAAUGACCUCCCACUCUGUAUCACUAUCGACACCUCCAGAGAUAUCUACGCCAUUCAGUCGAGUACUGAGAGUCCUAAACGCGAGAUAUAUUUCAUUGGUUUAGUGGAUGUGUUGACACAGUUUGGGUUACGUAAGCGUACGGCACAGGCGGCCAAAACAGUAAAACACGGGACCACCGCUGAAAUCUCAACCGUACAUCCGGAACAAUACGCCAAACGAUUCUAUGACUUCAUCGCUAAAGCAAUUGAAUAGAUUUUAGACAUUUAUUUGUCGAUUGAUUUUAGUUUUUAUUUAAUUAGUUGUCGAUAACUGACAAACAAAUCACAAACAAUUGAAUACGAAAAGACCUCAAUUUGUCAUUUCACUGCAAACCAAUGUUUGCGAUCUCUCGUCACAAAUUCAUACAUAGCCUCAGUAUUAGAGCAAAUGUUGAGUCAUAUUAUGAGUUAAAAAUCAAUGUUUUUCAUAUUUGGAUUCACUUUCUCGUGUUUAUAUAAUAAUAUGGAUAUACACUGUAUUGUAUGUAAACUGAAACUGAUUUGUAAUAAUCUAUAGAUUGUCUCUUGUGUUGAUGUGUUGGCCGUAACCCUAAUUCAGACUAAAUGUUAUUUCUUGACAAUAACGGUGGUGUUCACGAAGGGGGGAGAGUUGGCGUCCCUGAUGGUCGACUGUCCCGACUGGACGGGCUCACUGUUGUGAGAGCCGUCACAGAAGGGUCGGUGCGCCGUCUGUUUGCAGUUACAAAACCAGUACUCCUUAGUCUCCUUACAGUCCCAUCGGAUCGGUUUCAGAGUGAUCUUCAGAUGAUGGUUCUUAUGAGUGCCGUCACAGAAGGGCUGACACAUCAAAACAAAUCAUUCAUUAUAUUAUUUAUGAUCUAUUGUUUUAAGGCGUGAUAUUUGUUUUCAAAUCAAACCAUUGAUUGUUUCAAUACUUUUUGCUAUCAAAUGCUAAAUAUGUAGUCAUUUAUAAUUAUCUCAAUUUUAGGUAUUUAUCGAGUG